CCCUAAUGGUGUGUAAAUUGUGUAUUGGGCUCUCGAAUCCAAAUCCGUCCUUUUCCCGCUGAUUCUCUCCCUCUUCAGACUCUCUCAGUGUCGUGAAGUUUGAAUGGAAUUCAGAUACAGAGCUGUCGACGUUGAUCGGCCACCGAUGGCGGUUCCAUCUGCUGGCUCCGGCUUCCUCUCGGAGCCAUCGAUUCCAGGUUGCAAUAUCAAACUGCCUUCAGAAGCUACAUGCAAUCCGACCGAGGACAGUGUCUGGGAAGCUAUUCGACGGGAGAUAAGAAAGGAAUACAUCCGUCAGGAGGUCAUUGCUGUGGAAACAGCGAGAAGAAGAGAGCUCGUGGAAGAGGUUAUAAAGGAGAUGGCUCCCGAUAGAGAAAUGGCAAUGCAGGGAGUGUCAUUCGAAGAAAGACUAACUAUGUGGAUCAAUUCUAGGAAGUCAACCAAUCAGAGCAGCUUGUCCGAAUCUAACAAGGAUAAGUUGAUUGUAUUGGAUAGGCCUGAUCCUAAAGGAACAAAGCGUAAAGCAGAGGCUUCGCCUUCUCCUGCAGCUGGUCCUGAAGAGCGCCAUUUCCUCACUGCGAAGAAGAAAUCUAGGGAAGAAUGGAGUUGCGCCCUUUGUGAGGUUAAUUAUACAUGUGAGAGAGGAUUGAAUGAACAUCUUCAAGGGAAAAGGCACAAAGCCAAGGAAGUGUCUUUGAGAGCAGCACAGAUACCCAAGAUCUCCCUAGGACGAACAUCUAAGCCAUCUUGUUUUGAGCAAGUUGGUGGUGAAAAGCAAAUGGAAACAACGGAGAAAUACAAGGCAAAAACUAAACCUAGGUUUUGGUGUGAGCUUUGUAAAGUUGGGACCUAUAGUGAAUACGCCAUGGGGAAACAUGAAACAGGGAAAAAGCAUAAGACUCGUAUUCAAAAACAGAAGGAAUGCCCUGAGGCUUCUUUAACAACCCUUGCAUCCGUUUCUCCAGCCGUCACCACCACAGCCAGUGGUGUUGUUGCUGCUAACACAGUGCCAAAAUCAGAUGGUGUGACGGAGUCUGGGGCAGAGGACGCGAAAAAGAAAGUUGGGGAUGCAAUCCGGGAAGGCUCUAGUACAGAGGGUCAAAGAGUGGAAACGCCGGAGAAAGAUUUUGAAAAGAAACGGAAGUUCAGAUUUCGGUGUGAAGUUUGUGAUAUUGGAACGCAUUCCGAGGGGGUGAUGAAGGCUCAUGUUCUUGGGAAGAAACACAAUAGUCGGGUCAUGAAACAACGCUCCCCUCUAGCUGUUUUGAACACCGAGCUGGCCAGCCUAUCUUAUCAUGCCACAAGAAUUGCCACGAUCGUGAACUCGAUCAUGUCUUCAAAUGUUGCCUAUGGAGAGAAAUGGUCUGCUUUUGCAGAGAAUGAGGAGGUGGAUAAUGCAGUUGCAGAGGAAGUGAGAGUAAAUCACUCGGCUGGUAGGACAGCGGUGGAAGAACCAAUUGAGGAAGUGAAAGGAGAGAAUUCAUCGGUAAAAAAACCGAGGACAGAGGAUUCAACAGAUGAGAAAACAAAGGCGGAACCACCAGCAAUAAAGGAAGAUGGAGUGGAUGAAUCGGUGACCGAAGAAGCAAGAAAGGAAGAGAAAGAGAAGAGAGAAACAUGCAGCUAAGGAAGAAGAUACAGAGGGUACGGCACUCGAGGAAGGAAACCAGACGGUGCGGCCAAAAAGAUAAGUGAUAUAAGAGGGUUCGGCUGCCGAGGAAACAAACAAAGGCAGAGAAAUGUGGCAGAGGUUGAAGUGGUAGAGGAAACAUCAAUGCAAGAAGACUUUAGUUCUGUACUCUCCAAAGUCCCAAAGGAUGAAACAUGGAAUUGGUGUUUAUGUUUUGGUUGGUGCUAUAAGUCGAUGAAAUUUGUCCUC